AUGAACCCUAGCCCCGCUCCCCUCGCGCCGCCGGACAGGUCCAACUCCGGGCGGACAUGUCCAGCCUCCACGUCGUCCGGCCAAUCCGGAGCCGCCUCCCUCCUCCACUCGCGCGCCGCCAUGUGUCGCCGCCGUCCUCCUCCACCGCGCGGGACUGUGAGCCCAUCCGCGGCCCGCCGGGCCCGUUCGUCGCCGCCCGCACCGCCCGGGUGCCCCAGCACGCGCCCCGCCGCCCGAGUCCGCCACUCCGCCGAGCGCCUCGCCGGCGCCGCGUCUCCCCCGUCUGAGCCCCGCGUCCCCCGCUGCCCUGCUCGACGCCGGCCGCCGCUGACCUCACCGGCGCCCGCCGCUGCCCGCGCCGAGCUCGCCGCCGCCCUCGUCUCCGGCCCUGCUCUGCCUCCGUCGGCGCCGGAUCCGGUCGGACCCGACCUCCCCGACGCCUCUUCGGUCUCCUUCCUCCUCUCCGGCCAACUCCGGCGAACCUCGAUCCGCGUGCCCCGAAACCCUAGAUCCAUUUUUGGGAGGUAA